AAUUUAUACACAAAUUAAGUUCGUACAUAUAUAUUUCAAAAAAAAACUUUUUUUGUAUAACCCAACCAAAUCACUUGUUUUCAGAAUGGGUUCCAUUUUCAGUCGACCCAAAGUAUGCCAGGACUCUCUCCUCGCUUACAAGAACUUUCUCCGAUUAUACAGAAUGCAGCACAGCGAAAUGCUGCCAAAUGAUGCAUUUUUGAAUGCAGCCCGCGUUUGGGGAACUUUUUCGCACGCUCAGCGGAUGCGAUAUGCCCGGCUGAACUGUGCUAUAUCCGAUAUGACAAUGGAUGGGCCAAAGCCGGCGACUCCCAAAACAGCUACAAAGGGUACUAAGAAAGCUGCUGCUCGUAAAAGGAAUACCAAAAAGAAUGUUAAAAGGAGUGUAAUAGGUGAUGCCGAUGAUGAUAGUUCGCAUUCCUCAAAUAGUUUUCUCAAUUUCGUGGACUUUUACCAGGAGAACUAUGAAAACAUAUCGAAAUCCUUGGCCCUGAGACAGGCCGCUCGCGUCUGGUGCGAUAUGCCCAAGGAUCAGCGCGACAUCUUCCGUACGGAGAUAUAGGGGAUCCCCCAUGACCAUUUGGAGUCCCCCACUCAAUCAAUGCCCCACGCAUGGCCGCCUGUCACGAGAGAAUCCCAUUCGGAAUCAAGCCUAGCCAAGCGGUUACACAAUCGCCGUGAGUUCCGCGCCCCAAACACAUGUAUUCCAGCACGCAACCGGCGACACGAAAGUCCAAUAGUCGGCCUAGAGCAAAAAAUAGAAACCGAAGCAGAAAACAAACAGAGCCACAAUCACUCACAUUUAAAUUAACAUUUCCCGCCGACGAUUAUCCUAAUUGGGAGCUGGCCUUAGCCUAGUCUUGGGUUCUUCUGGCAGAUGUGGAGCCCUGGCCAUUUACUAUUUACAUUCACCCCGGUGACGGCACGCGAGUCUGCUGAAAAAUGGAUUUAAUGCGACGCGAAACAAGCGCGGCCUCAUAAAAAUGAAAUGCGGAUAAAUCAAAUUAGCAUUUUGUACAAAUAGCAAAGCAUUAGCUUUCGUAUGGCGGCAAUUUGUAAUGCCAGUGAAAAGGAAGGAGUCUUGAGAAGUAAGAGGUCCUGGAGCCCGAGAAGAGUACAUGCAAGCGGUUCGUUUCGGUGGCCAUGCCAAAAAUGAUUGCAUAAUUACCCAGGAGAGGUUCCAACCGCUGCAAAACCAUUUUAGCUGCCCACACAAUCCCGAAAUGGGAAUUAAAACUAAUGACAGGCCAGACAUCCCGAUUCAAUUAGGUCCCCCCCUCAAAGCCAGGAUAGGCACUCUAGAACUCAAGUACCAGGUCAGCCUUACGUUUAUGUGGCCCAUAUUCUCUGCUCUGCGAGCAAGUGUUCGUGUUUUACUAUGGCGACUUUAUUGCAACACAAUGGUAUUUUAAGUGCCAACAAUAAAAAUGAUUUAUUACCCCACAAAGGCUCGAGGAGCAUGUGAA